UUCUUUUAAGUUUGUGCACAAAUUCUUGAAUUGCUUCUAAGGAAAAAUCCAAGCACACACACACCUCCUUUCCACCAUGUAGAGUUAUGUAACUGGGUGGUACUCUUCACAGCUAGUCUGUCGGUUUGGAAAAAAGGUGCUACUGUCUUAGUGGUAAUUUCCUCCCCCCAUUAAUCGAGUGGCACUUAAAUCUGCCUGUUGCCAUAUAAACUUGGGUGGCUGUUGAAGUUAUGAAAGAAGAACAAGAAAGCUGCAGCUGAUGCUUCUCCUUCACCUUCUGCUUAUAAUACUACUACCAAUAAAUAAGAAUAUAUCUUGAAUACCUUCAAAGAACAGCACUCGUCUAUCCCAGGGGAGGUUCGGAAGGAUUCAAUAGGUCACCCACUUUCCGGUCAUGGCAACGAUUGUCUCCGAAAAACUCAGCCGCCUCUUCAUCAACCUCCAGCACUUGUGCAAAAUCCCUCAACUCCUCUCCAAGUCCUUGCCCGCUCCCUCCUGCACGGUGGCAGCCUCGGAGGUGCCCCAGCUUUUCCGGAAGCCCUACAUCCACGCUGGCUACCGGCCCCUCCACCGGAACUGGUCCUUCUACUUCCUGUCCCUCUUCCAGCAGCACAACGAAGCGCUCAACGUCUGGACGCAUCUGCUGGCGGCUUUCAUGUUGCUGGGGCGCUUCUGGCAACUCUCCCAGAUCGUGGAUUUUGUGGGCGACCCGCACGCUCAGCCCUUCUGCAUCGUGGCUGUGUCUUCCAUCAUCUACUCCACCUGCAGCACCUUGGCUCAUCUCUUGCAAGCCAAAUCUGAGUUCUGCCACUACACCUUCUUCUUCUUGGACUAUGUAGGGGUGGCCACCUACCAGUACGGUAGCGCUUUGGUGCAUUAUUACUACGCCAUUGAGCCAGAGUGGCACGCCUGGAUCUCCAGUUUCUACAUUCCGGGCGCGGUGGGGUUGGCUUGGCUGUCCUGUGUUGGCUCCUGCUAUGCCAAAUACCGAUGCCCACAUCUGUCCCGUCUGCAGGGCCGGCUGUGCCAGGAAAUGCCCUCUGCGGUAGCCUAUGCUUUAGACAUCAGCCCUGUGCUCCAUCGUAUCUACACCUCGACCAUCUCCGGACAAAGCGACUUGGCUGCUACCUACCAUAAGUGCCACGUUUUGUGCUUCCUGGUUGCAGCCUUUUUUUUCGCCUACCCCUACCCCGAGAAGUGGUUUCCCGGGAAGUGUCACUUUGUGGGACAAGGCCACCAGCUCUUCCACAUGUUCCUCAUUUUUUGUACCUUCAUCCAGUUAGAGGCGGUGCUUCUCGAUUACCGGACUAGGCGGCACAUUUAUGCUGACCUGCAUGGCGACCUCGCUCCCUUUUUUUCCAUCAUGUGCCUUGUGCUGAUGGCUUCCUGUGGCCUCACAGCCCUCUACAUGACGGUCAAAGUCAAACACAAAAUCCGGCCGAAGCGGGACUGAGUUCAGGGGACGCCGGCUGCUGGAGAUUUACCGCCAGCUGCUUCUUUCGGUGCACUUGCUCUGGGAAUGUCUGUCCUGCUGUCGUUUAGGAAACUGAUUAGGAUAGGUAGCUAUUGCUGGGGUCUUCCCCUCCUCUUGCACUGGAGAUCUUGCUUGCGGGUUGCUCUGUCCAGGCAACUGAGAUGAGAAGUGGGAGGUUGCAUCAGAAAGGAAGUGUCCAAACUCUUUGGGGGAAAGGAAUUCGUCUUUUGUUUCCUGCUGUCUCCGAUUGAAGGGAGAAGUUGUCGUUGCUAUGCCUCUCAGAAGCUACAUCCAUCUUUCUUCCACCCUUCUGAAUUCGAGCUGGCAGCCUUCGGGCUCUUAGGAAUCCACUUGAUUAUUAUCAGUUUCCCAGAUCCACCAAUGGGACCCUGGGCCAGAGGGAUCGGUUUAAGAUCCUGAGGCCGGGAACUGGUUCUAAAUUCCAGAACUAGAUGGAGCACCCCCAACGCAUUCAUCUUGGGGUUCUCCAAACUUCCUUCAUUUCAGCAGUGCUUGAGAGGGAAUGGGUGGGAAUGGUUCCUUUCACUGCUGCCAUUUAAACACAGGUGUCCGCCUUAUCGGACAAGAACUGCACAGAGAAAUACCUGGAGAGCUAUCCUUUUGAUCUCUUCCUUUUUUAAUUAGUAGAAGAGCUUCCAGAAGGGAGAUUAGAGAUGGCACUUAACCAGCACUUCCCUUGGAGGAGAGGACUUCCUAGCCUCCAUGUUUUGAAUAAAAAUAGCUCUUGCUCUGGGUUUCACUGAUUUGGGUUUCACUGAUUUGAUUCUGUGCCCUACUUCGAGGCACUCGUGUAGCACUGGUGCCUUCACGGAUUGCCUUCUGCAAUAUCCAGACGAAAGCAUCCUUCCUUGCUUUGGGAAACCAUCUGGGACUUCUUCUGCUUGUCUACCGUGAGCCAGGCCCUGGGAAACCUGCUAGGUGGAUCAUGUGCCUUCAGAAGAGCAUCUGUCUAUCCAAAACUUUGUAUGUGGGAAUGAUAUUACUUGUGAUUUCUUUUUUUAAUGCAGUGGUAAGCAUGUUUAGAGAGGAGAACCUGGGCCAACGCUGGACCUCUGUGGGUCAAAGUGAGAUCUGAGAAGGGGGGAAGAGAUGGCUAACGUUUUCAGAAGGAAGUCCAUGCAACUGUGAUGGGUUGAUCUAGCAGACCUUAAAGCAGUGUACUGAAGACCCUUCUCCCCAAUUAUCUAUGGGUUCCUUCUAUCAAAUUUAAUUAUCUGCUCAUCUAUAAGCCUCAAGAUCUAUUCCUCUAGUUUUUUUUU